AUGGCCUUUGCCCAGACUGUUGUCCAUUGUGAGAAUGCUUUAACUAAAAUUGAGAAAACCUUGAUUAAUGCCCCAGUUUUUUUAACUCCAAAUUAUGAAAAACCAUUUAAGUUAUAUGUUGAUGCAAGUGAAAAGAAGUAUGGUACCACUGAGAAGGAAACUCUAGCUUUGAUUUUGAGUCCGAACAAUUUGGAUGUUUAUUUGUGGGACUCUGGAACCCCAGAUCUAGUGUUUACAGAUCCAUCAGUGAGUGAGCGUGUGUGGGUGUACCGGCGGUGUCUGUACUGCAACAACGGGGAGGCGGACGUCCAACUUAUCCACCAGUAUAAUAUUACCUCAGCUCCUCAGCCUUAUGACAACCUCUUCACAGAACAAGUGAAAACCUUGAGGGGUCGAAAACUGAGGAUCGUGUCAGUGCCUUACUUCCCUUAUAUGGACUUUGAACGUCGCACCGAGGAGCCCGGCGGCAUCAUCAACCCAAAGGACUCUAUAGAUACUCGUUUGAUUUAUGCCUUUGCGUCAGCACUUAAUUUUACUUUCGAGAUACGCGAGGAACCUGAACGAACAUGGGGCUUGGAGAUAAAUGGCAGUUUUACCGGGAUGAUAGGUCAGCUUCAACGUGAGGAGACCGACUUCUGUACCAUAGCGGGUCCAUCGCCACAGCGCUUGAAAGUUGUGGAGUAUUUAAGGGGGUAUCCUUCAGAUCUGAUGACUGUAACGUCUUUGAAGCCCUCGCUGCUACCACAACACCUGUCGCUUAUUAGACCAUUUGAAGGAGAACUUUGGUUAGCGCUUAUGGUGAGCGUGGUGGCGUGGGGUGGGCUUAUGUGGAUACUGCAGAGGAUAUGGCGGUGGUUCGCAGGCGGUCGUCGUGUAGAUUUCAGCACCACACUCUUGUAUGGCUGGGGCGCUCUUCUGGAGCAGCCUCCCCCAGUUCUGUCUGUCAGUAAUUCAGGAAGGCUAUUGGUGGGUUGGUGGCUGGUGUUCUGCCUGGUCAUCACCACGGGCUUCCGCUCAUCACUGGUCGCGCACAUGACAGUCCAGGGGAAGACGCUGCCUAUUGAGACCUUCGAGGACAUGGUGAAACAAGACAACUGGAAGUGGUGUACUGAGCCCUGGCUACUUAAAGGCGUGCCGUUUGAUUAUUUUUCCAAACACACCGACCCUGUAGUGCAGAAGCUGUACAAGCAUAUGGAGGUGCUUGUGGCAGACGAAGCCCUGGAGAGGGUACUGGAGGGCGGCUUCACACUAGUGGACUUUGAGAAUUAUGUUAACAUUAUCGUGGCCUCUCGCUAUACCGACGCCCGUGGCCACAACCCUUUCUACGUCAGUAAGAAAGGCGUCUCCAUUAUGGCUGCCUUUGGAUGGGGCAUGAGGUAGGUAUCUGGUUCCUUUCUUCUCCUUUUGUGUUUUCUUU